AUGGGAAGAAGAAAAGUGGAGAUCAAGCGAAUCGAGAACAAAAGCAGUCUACAAGUCACUUUCUCUAAACGACGCAAUGGUCUCAUCGAGAAAGCUCGACAGCUUUCGGUUCUCUGUGAUUCCUCCGUUGCUGUUCUCGUUGUCUCCGCAUCCGGAAAACUCUAUGACUCUUCCUCCGGCGACAGCAUGACCAAGAUCAUCGAUCGUUAUGAAAUGCAACAUGCUCAUGACCUUAGAACCUUGGAGCUAGCGGAACAAACUCGGAAUUAUCUUCCACACAAGGAGUUACUAGAACUAGUCCAAAGCAACCUUGAAGAACCGAAUGUUGGUAACGUAAGUGUAGAUUCUCUUAUUUCGGUGGAGGAUCAGCUCGAGACUGCACUGUCUGUAACUAGAGCUAGAAAGGCAGAACUGAUGAUGGAGAUUGUGAAGACUCUUCAAGAAAAGGAGAAGUUGAUGAUAGAAGCGAACCAGGUUCUGGCUAGCCAAGUAAGAAAGCCACACACUCUUAUGCUUCUAGAAGCUAAUUUAUCCCUUUAA